UACAAUAUGUGUCGUAGAUCACUAAUAUACAACAUUAUAUUAUCAAAAAAGCAAUACCCCAAAUGCAGCAUGAAGCCAAUGUCAAAGAAGUUUGAUGAGGCCGUGAAUAUAUAUUCACCGAAUGGACAUUUAAUGCAAGUAGAAUACGCUGAAGCGGCGGUACGCAAGGCUUCCACAGUAGUGGGCCUGUGCACUCAGGAAUGCAUUAUUUUAGGUGCAGAAAAAAGGGCCAUAGAUGUGCUACAAAUCCAAAGAACAUCUUAUAAAAUAAAAAAAAUAGAUGAGCAUAUUGCAAUGACUUUUGCGGGUCUUACAGCCGACGCUCGAAUUCUAGCAAAUCGUGCACAGAUGGAGGCUCAAAGUCAUCGCUUAAACUUUAAUAGUCCCGCAAGAGUGGAACAUAUAGCAAGAUUUUUAGCGAAAUUAAAGCAAAACUAUACUCAAUGUUUUGGCCGGCGUCCGUUCGGUGUGGCCUGCUUGGUUGGGGGCUUUGACUGUGAUGGCAAGCCCCAUCUAUUCCAAACUGAUCCCUCAGGCAUCUAUCACGAAUGGAUGGCUAAUACAACAGGUCGCAUGGCCCAAACAGUAAAUGAGUACCUAACAAAGAAUUUAUCUGCAAUUUCCACCAUCCCAGACACACUUUCAGCCAUGAAGCACGUGGUAAGAGCCUUGCAAACGGCAACGUCUUCAGAUGUCAGUUUCUUUGAUAUAGCUGUGCUCAAGUACAAACAGCCAAUUGAAAUUGUUAGUAUGGAUAAGAUAAAGUAUCUGACAGAUUUAAUAAAGCAGGAGACUGUGGGAUAUACGACUAGAAGACACUUCGGAUUUAUUUAAAUAAUACUUUUCUCCCUUAAAAACCUAUUUCACGCUUUAA